GACAGGAUUCCUCUUCUAAAAAUGUAUGACUCUUUGUAAGCAUCAGGAAGACUGCGGCUUUUGAGGAGCAGGUAGAGUCCUGAGGUGAGGUGAACGGACUAAAACACAACAUGUCUUGGAUAAAAUAUCACAUGUCAUUGCCUGUGGCAGCGUGUGUCCUGUUUGUGGGCCUACCGUAUUCAAUUUGUAUAGUUGCCCAGUUGAUUUAUGGCUGGCCCAACAAACCUGGAUAUAAGAAACAUAUAGAGGCUCUAAAACCAAGGCGGAUAUAUCGUUUGACUAUAGCUACACUGGAUUUUUUCAAAUACCUGCAGUAUGGAAGACUGUAUUUUCAGCUAAAACUGUGGUAUAAGAAUGAUGAAAACCGUAAACAUUAUGAAAAGGGGAUUGUUUUUGGCCGCAGAGGCAACAAGCUGGACUUGUACCACCCUCCAUAUAUGUACAGAUCCCAAAGUGAGCUUGCUCCUGUGGUGGUCUUUAUCUAUGGUGGUGCAUGGGGUUCUGGAGAAAGAUCCAUUUACUGUUUACUAGCCAGGCAGAUGGCUACAGAGCUGAAUGCAACUGUCAUUUGUCCAGAUUACUCCAUAUAUCCAAAGGGAAAUGUUUUAGGGAUGGUACAAGAUAUUGCUGACUGCUUGGUCUGGGCUCAAGAGAAUGGACAAAAGUUCAACUUUGACAAAGAAAACAUUGUGUUAAUUGGCCAUUCAGCAGGCGCACAUUUGUGUGCUCUGACCGUGCUGUUUCUUAUUGAUACAAGAGAGGAGCUGUUCAUAGAGUCAAAGAAACAGCAGGAACUUACACAGUCAGUGAGAGGAGUUAUCGGUCUGAGCGGUGUCUACAACAUCAUGGACCAUUAUGAGCACGAACAAAAGCGAGCAGUUGAAUAUGUUUCCACCAUGCACAAAGCCAUGAACGGUGUGGAAAACUUUCCAUAUUACUCACCGAUGCACGUAGUGAAGACGCUCAGCCGGGACAAGCUCGACAGAUUACCGCUGUUUGCUUUGCUCCACGGGACCAGUGACACUGUCGUUCCAGUUGAAUCCUCCACAAAGUUCUCUGAGCUCCUCACCUCGCUGUCUGUGAAGGUGUCGCUCUACCUGCUUCCUGAAGUCAGCCACAUUGAGAUUGUCACUGCCCUCAUGCUGUCAAACAGGCGCUUCUACCAUCUUAUCUUCAGCUGUAUCAAGCUGCAGUUCAGGAAACUCCAGGGUGCUCGCUGACAUCUUGCCAGUUUGUCAUCAGAUGGAAGAACAUCCACAGUAUUUUUCUAACAUACCUAACUGUAUUUUUUUCUGACAUGUCAGCUCUAAAACAUGAAAGUGAACUUUAAUAUGAUCAUGACAAUGUGAAAUUCACUGAAUGUUUUGUAAUUUCUUGUUAAUAUUGAAAAAAUAUUUAGUGAUUUCUCUUCAGAUUUGGUAAAAUCACCCUUAAAAUGCUUUGGAAGGAUUAGAAAUAUUAUGUAUUAAUCCUGUAUUAAUCUGAGCAGCCAGAUUUUAUUCAGCCAUUCACAGCUCCGUGGCAUCAAGAUUGCAGUUAAUGAAAUAAAACAAAAUGAAAUCUACCUUAAAUCUACAACUGAUUUAUUCAGAUGUAUGUUCAUUGCAGAAAGUUAAGUCCAAAUAUCUAAAAUGUGUCUCUGAAUAUGUGCGUUUUAUUUAAAUGUAACAUUUUUAUUCACUUGUUUGUCUUAUAAAGUGAAAGUAUUCCGGAUUUAUUGUAACACAGUACUUAAAAUAAUUUCUUAUUAAUGCCUGAGGACACACUGCUUAAAUUCUAUCUAUCUAUCUAUCUAUCUAUCUAUCUAUCUAUCUAUCUAUCUAUCUAUCUAUCUAUCUAUCUAUCUAUCUAUCUAUCUAUCUAUCUAUCUAUCUAUCUAUCUAUCUAAAACCUACAAACUCAAUAAACCCUUCAGGCUGUGUUUACCUUCUCUUCAGCUCACUCAGACGUCCAGAGAUUGUCCCAUUUUCCGGUUUCUACACACUCAAGUCCUCAUCUCUUCUAGUUGCCUCUUAGUGUCUCCAGCUAGAGACGUGAAUAGAGGAGGCAAAGACACACGAGGAGAGAGAAAAUCAUGUCAAAGACAUUUAACCCAGUGAGAUAUUGCUGCUACAAAGCCUUCAUUUUAAACCCACAAAGCCAAAUGACAUGACACAGCUGCGUCAUUUAAACAUUUUAUUCUACAUAUUACUGUAUUUCAUUAUUUCAAUCAGAUUAGAAUUAAAUUAAUUUGUGACAAUGUAUUUGAUUAGAAUUCAAUUUCAAUUUGUGUGCACCCAUCAGACUGUGCAAAUGCCAUAAGGUUUCAACAAAGGAUACAAAAGUGUUUCUUCUUCUCAUAGCUUCCCCAGCAAGUUUCCUUUGUCCUUGCUUCUCUGUCUUCUGGGUGUAUUAUGGAAAUUGAGGUAUCCUCUAAAAUGUUGUCACUGCAUAAUGUACAGUUUUAUACUAUAUGAAAAAAUAUUUAUUUGUAGCCCAUAUGUACUGUUUGUUAUCCUUUACUGAAUGCGUAAAAAUCAUUAAGUAAUUGAGACAGUUACAGUAACUUUUAUUGGAUAAAACAUCACAUUCAUAAAUAUCUAAA